UAUUUUGAUAAUAACAUGCAGUAAUACGUUCCUUUUUCUCCUGUCCUGAGCCAAUAGUUUUCCAAGUUCUGCGAAAAAGGGUUUAAUUCCAGUUCAAAUUAGACGAAGCCCACGGUAAAUUGCCAAGCCCUAAUCCCUAAUUUAUUCUCUAAAAUUGAUGAUUAUUGCUUCAGGAGCAUUUUCAAUUGGAGAGCAGACGAGAUUCGUGCUCUGCAGGAGCAUAAUUUACGUAUUGGAUUUCUCUCCGUUAGAUCGAGAAAUAAUGCUCUACUCAUGUACUGGGUGCUAAUUGAUGGAUUCAGAUAGCAAAAACUUUGGAAGAGGGCCAAGAGAACUUACAGGGGCUCGUGACCUUAUUAGUCAUUUCAAGUUGUUGCCUCAUUACGAGUUCUUCUGCAAGAGGUCACUUCCAUUAUCAAUUUCAGAUACACAUUAUCUUCACAAUGUGGUUGGAGACAGAGAAAUUAGGAAAGGGGAGGGGAUGCAGUUGGAUCAGCUCACACAGGACACUUCCUUUUCGAGAGAGACAAAAUCAUGCAUCCGGCCCUUUGACUUAGAUGUCCUUAGAGAAGCCUUCCAACUACGUGAAACAGCUCCAGUCGAUUUGUCUCCUUCUGAGAAAGGCAUCCCUACUAUAGCUGGAAAAUCUAAAAGUGAGAUGAAAGACAAGGAGAAGAAGCAUAAAAAGCACAAGGAUAAAGACAAGGAGAAGGACAAAGAGCAUAAGAAGCACAAACAUCGUCAUAAAGAUCGGAGUAAAGAGAAAAAGAAAGAUAAAAGUGGCCACCAUGAUCCUGGUGCUGAGCAUUCGAAGAAACAUGAGAAGAAAAGGAAGCAUGAGGAGGAGGAUCUUAACGGUGUCCACAAACACAAGAAAAGCAAGCACAAGAGCUCAAAUAUUGAUGAGAUUGGUGCAAUAAAGGUAGCCGGCUGAAAUGUGCAUGUGGUUCUAUAAUUUAUAGUGUCCUCAGAUUUCACAGUUGAAAAUUUGGAGUUCCUUUAUCUUACAAUUGUGAAAUAUCAGAAGUUCAUGUCCUGACAUAUCCCAUUAAUUGAAGAACUUUAUGGAGUGCGCUAGUGUUGCCAUUUGAUCAUCAUUUGAGUGAGACUGUUCCGUGGAAGUCAUGGCUGGUCAGAUGGGUCGAACAUUUGUGUGCAUUCAUGAGUGCAGUCUGGCGGUGUUGGUUAUUUACUUCAAGCUUUGUUUUCCUUUUCUGAAAAGUCCACCUUGAAAAAGCAGGCAGUGAUAAAGGAGAAACAUCUGCAUGGCUAACAGAUAUUCCUGCCUCUUUUGGAUAUCAAAUCAAGUUUUCUUCUCAUGGAAGCCAAGUAGAACUAUCUUAUACUCCCUCUGGUUCUUGUUCUUUGUUGUUUAAUUUUUUGACACACCUAUUGAAAAAACCACUAUAUAACAUUAAUCAUAAGUGAUAUUUUACUAAAUUACCCUAAUCUCUUCCUUAAAUAAGUAAUUAAUGACUAUGUCUUCUUGGAGUAGUAACAGUGGAAUUGAAAAUGGACCGGAAGCAGUAGUAAUGACUGUAUGCCUUCUUGGUUUUGUAUAAUGACAAAUUAUUUGAAAUAAUUUUUUUUUGGCUUAGUGACAAAUAAAAAGGACCGGAGGAGUAGUGUUAAUAAGUGUACAUUUUUCUUUCCAUCAAUCAAAGUCCCUAGAAAUAGAUUCACACAGAAAAAACCUGGAUCAACAUUCACAAUGUAACAAAGUAAAGGAAAUCCUAUCUUGGUGCUUUAUAACAUUAAUGGAGAAGCUUGCGGUUAGAGAUUCAUCUUCAUCCAGCAAAAAGAUGGAGGAAAUAUGUGUUGGUGCUGCUUGGGUGCCGCCUCAAACUCCUUUCAAUCAGUUGGAUAUGUGAUCAUGGAAGUAUCUUAGAUUCACUGUCCUUGACAAUGUCUAUCUGUGUCCUAAGAUGAGCAUAAGAUGUAAACUUUUGCCUAUGAUGUUCUGAAUGUGCUCUGGUGAAUAGAGAUGAAACUGGCCAAGGUUAGUUGAAAAGGAUGCAAAUUGCUAAACCAUGCUGGAGCACGGGUGACAUCAGUAAACAAGAAAAGCAUCAGAAGCAAUCAAAUGAUAGGCCAAAUGUGGAGAAUAGCCUCUGGACUAAUUAAAGAUUGUCAAGAGGAUGUGGAUUUACCGAAAAGAAACCUCCUUUUCAGUUAGAACCUUGAUCCUCUCCAGUCUUAGCAACUUAAUGGUGUGUAUUAUUGUAUGUAGUGCUGUGAUCUCAAGGCUUAGACUUGACUAUUUGGAGCUUUGGCUAAUAAGAAGGGAAGGUUGAAAUUUGUGUUCGUCUGGGCUUUUUUUCAUUUGUCGUGAACAUUGAGCUUGAAGUUGACUCCUCGUCAGCAUUAAGCAUCCACGGACAAAGUAGGUAUGAUAAGGAUGUGGCGAUAUGUAUUACAUGACGAAUUCUGAUUGUUAGGAAUGUAAUUUCUUCUUGUAUGUACUAGGAUUCUAUGAGAUCAAGUAACUCUCUUCUUGAUGAAACCAAUGUCAAUGUUUCAUGCAUUUAUUUUACGAGCAUUGGGACUUCAAAGA